GGGUAGGUUGGUUGACACCUGGAACGUCAGGGCCGGAGGAAGCUGUUGCCGGGAGAGGGUACAGAGUCGGGGGGUGGGGGACAGCGCCUCUGCUAAGGAGUGAGGAAGGAAAUCAGGAAAGCAGAAUAAGCCUUUCUGGGGUGUGGGGGAACAGUGGAGAAAUCGAAACCUAAGAGCGGGCUUUCCCUGGCCGCUUUCGUUUUCCCCUCGAGACCAGAGUCCCUCGAGAGCCAGCCGCCAGCUGCCUUUGAACUUUGCUCCCAGAGCCUGGAGCAUUGCUUCCCUGAGACCCACUGACCAUGUACAGCCGAAGCAGGGUUUCGUUCUCGCAGCCUUCUUUCUCUUCUGCUGCUUGGCAUACAGUUAAAAGGCGGCCUGAACAGGGCUUGCUCCAAGGCCGGAGAAUGAGUGCUGGAGCUUCCUAUGAAGACCAGUUGCUGGAGAGCUCCGGAUCUGGACCCCAGAAUCAAAAGCCCAUGGCUGGGUUUACCGUGAUAGCUCCAGAUCAAAUCCGAAGAGACAAGCUAAUGAGGACUGCUAAAAAAGAAUUGGAAGACUUGGAGAAAUGGAAACAGCAAGAACGGUCUAGACCAAUCCACACAAAGCCAAAUAAGCUAGGUGGAAAACAGUCAGAGGCUGAAGUUAGGAAGAAACAACAACAUCAACUCUUACAGUCUAAAUAUCAGCAAAAGUUGAAACGAGAAGAAUGCGUACGAGUUCAAAAGGAAGUGGAAGAAGCUAAACUCCAAGCAAUAAAGGCAAUCCAACGAGAAAAGAGCAAUAAAUUGGAGGAAAAAACAAGACUUCAAGAGAAACAAAGGAGAGAAGCAUUUAAUAUUCAAAAUCCCUGCAAAUCCUCUGAAUGCUUGAAUAGCCAGGAACCAAAGGUCUCUACAAGAAGCUCUCGUUCUGAUGUGCUAUGGAAACUCCCCGCCCUGCAUAAAGACCACAAUUUGGCGAAAAAUGAAGUAUUUAAGAACAACCUUAAAGAGCAAGAAGACCAGAAACUUCACAAGAUGAAGGAUGAACCAUGCAAGAAGAUAUUUACAAGUAAUGGCGAAAGACGUAUGCCAGUAGAUAAGCUUGAUAUUACAGAGCAGGGUGAAUUACUAGAACUUAAACGACAGUGGCAAGAAGAGGAAAGAACAAAAGCUCACCAACGUGAACAGAGGAGGGUAAAUAAUGCUUUUCUAGACCGGAUACAAAGCAGAAGUCAACCCAGUGGCCUCCACCAAUUUGGAAGUUUUGGAAAUAUGAAUUGUGGUAGAGAUUGGGGUGUUUGAGACAUUCUGCACUUUCAUCCAGCCUUAGUCAACUGACCUUGAAAAAGCCCUGGGGAUAUAUUUUUUUCCUUCUAAUGCAGACUUGUUCAGCUCCAUUGUGAUUUUUUUUACCCUUCUUCUGCAUCACCCCCACUUCAGUGAGCAAUCUGCAAUGACCAGUCUGUCCCUUGCAUUAUGUAUGGGUAUUUUCAGCAGUUGAUUAGCGAGCUCAUAUUUAAUCUUUAAUGACAGUGAAAUGUUUCAUUAUUUUUGUAAUUUGUUUUGCCUCUUGUCAGAAGUAUAAUUAUAGCAACCUUUAGUGAUCUAGAGAAAUGGAAGAAAAUAUUUGCUUUGUUGCUGGUACUUAAAGCCACUAGGGGAAUAGGGAUUUUUGUAUAUUCAUCCAAAUUGAGGAUGAGUUUGUAGAAGUUCCUAGGACCAUUUGGCUUUCCUAGGACCAUUCAUUCUUUCUUUAGCUAAAGGUCUCAUGCAAUAGAAAAUUAAGCAUAUUAAUAUCCUUUUGUUGAAAUUUACUAAUAAAAUUUUAACUAUCUCAGAAA